AAACCAACAGAAGGAAGAAAAAGAAAGAAAGAAAAAAAUCUUUGGGGAAAUAGAAAACCCAAAGAAGAAACCAAAGCGGAUUGAGCAGAGAGAGAGAGAGGAAGAAAAUGGAGGAGAGCAACAAAAAAAUUCACAGUGUUGAUAGAAUUGACAUUCCUAAAGGAUGCUCAUUGCAGUUACAAAAACUUUUCACAGAUGUAGCCCUUCAUGUUGGAGGUUUCUUCUUAAUGUAUAUCCUGUGUCAUCUUUCGCACUACCUGCUAAGGCCCUAUUCACAGCCUCGCAUUACCUCUGAUACCUUUGUAGGACUAGUCAUCGGAAACAUAGGGUUCAUACGCAAUAUUCUAUCAAAGCGAGUAUUGCAGUACAUAGUUGAUUUUGGAAUGAUUGGCUACAUGUUUGUGCUGGGAAUAGAAAUGGAUCCAUAUGUGCUUGUUAGAGCACCAACCAAAGACGCGAAAGUAGCCUAUGCUGGUAUGCUCUUCACAUUCGCCCUGGCCUGUGGAAUAACCCCAUUUCUGAACUAUACAGACGGUUUUAAGAUUGACUUCACUCUCUCCCUCUCCAUGGUCCUCUCUAGCACGGCUUCGCCUGUACUGACACGUAUGAUAACAAAUCUCAAAAUAGGCAAGUCUGACAUAGGCCAGCUUGUCAUUGCUACUGGAAUGCAUUCUGAUUUUAUAGCCACUCUUCUCCUCUCCCUUGGCUAUGUCAUUUGGCCUGUUCAAGUUGAAGAUAAAAAGCCCAAUGUUCGCAGAUCCCUUCAGAUGGGUGCUGCAUUGUUGGUCCAGACAAUUUUUACAGCCAUUGUUUCACCAGUCGUCAUGAACUGGGUCAACAAUGAAAACCCCGAAGGCAAACCCAUCAAAGGUUCACACCUAGUCCUCUCUAUGGCUUUCAUGGCCUUUGUUGUGGCUUGCCCAUCAUUUUGGGGGUACAGUGCUAUUUUGAGUGCAUUUAUGGCAGGAAUCUUUCUACCAAGGGAAGGAAGAGUAUCAAAGUGGGUAAUAGGCAAGAUCAAUUACUUGUUAAGUACCAUAUUCUAUCCCAUAUUUUUCUUUUGGAUGGGGUAUGAAGCUUAUUUUAUGGAGUUUCAACCUCUUGACUGGAUGACAUGGGCAAGGUUAUUUGUAGUUUUUGCUAUAGCAACAAUCGGAAAAGUUGCUGGAACAGUGGUCUCUGGAGCGUUGUUGGGGUUUAACUGGCCUGAAUCUGUUGCACUUGGGCUUCUUCUCACUACCAAAGGCCAUUUUCAUAUAUACUUGGCUAUUGCUGCAAAAUCGUAUGGGAAAACCACUACUUCAACCAGCACUGUGAUGGUAAUAGCUAUUUUUUUUACUGUGGUGCACGCCCCAUCAGUUGUGGCUCAAAUUAUUAAGCGUGCAAGGAGACGGGCACCCACUCAUCGGAUGUCACUUCAGUUGCUUGAACCUUCAAGCGAACUCCGCAUAUUGCUAUGCCUUCAUGGGCCACAAAAUUUGCGUACAACCAUUAACUUCAUUGAGAUAUGUAGAGGGACAGCAGACCCUGGAAUCGUGGUAUUUGUAACAGACAUGAUAGAACUCACAGACCAAAUAGCAGCCACACUAGUUAAAGAAGAAGGAGUGAACACAAUGACUGUGACUGACAAGGCAGUCACAGACAGGAGAGAUCAAGUCACUGCUGCAGUUCAAGCCUAUGUAGAGGAGGAUGAAACUGGUAUUACACUUGGACGAUUGCUUGCACUUUCGACUUUCAAUGGCAUGCCCCAAGAUAUAUGCAUUUUGGCUGAGGACUCGAUGGUGGCCCUCAUCAUAUUGCCGUUUCACAAGACACAAGGUGCAGAUGGGACAUUAGAUGGCGGCCAUUCUGGUUUCAGAUACGUGAACCGUAAGGUCCUCAGAAAUGCUCCAUGCUCCGUAGGAAUUCUUGUAGACAGAGGUUUUGGACUGAUUGAAAAAAUAUCAAGAUCUCAUGAUCAUUCUAUCGAUAUGGCAGUCAUCUUCAUUGGUGGAAAAGAUGAUAGAGAAGCACUUGCUUAUGCCGGUCAUGUAGCACAACAUCCUGGUGUAAAACUCACCAUCUUAAGAUUUUUGGUAGACAGUAGCUCGGAUGCCUCAAGUAGACCUAGCCAUUAUCAGGUAAGUCGUGCUCUACAAGAAGAGGAAAUGAAGCUUGAUGAUGAGUGCUUUGCUAAGUUCUACGAGAGACAUGUUGCAAUUGGGCAAGUUGCUUACAUGGAGAAGCAUCUUGCCAAUUCUUCUGAGACCUAUAAUACCUUGAUGACAUUGGAUGGGCAGUACUCACUUAUUAUAGUGGGAAGAGGGGAAAGGGUGAAUACAGUUUUGACAUUUGGGAUGAAUGACUGGCAGAAAUGUCCGGAGUUGGGUCCGAUCGGUGAUGUUCUUUCAGGUUCUGAAUUUUCAGUCAGAACCUCAGUUUUGAUCAUCCAACAAAACAGUGGAAAAGGAGAACUAGAUGGACUUGAUGAUGACUUUUCUGUCAUGUAAAUGUUGAACCUAGCAAGUUAGCAUAGAAUUUAAUUGUAGAUACCAAUUGUAGCAGGGAAGUAAGAAACUAGACUUUUUGUGAAAAUCAUAGAUAAUAGAAAGUUAGGAGAUUCUAACAGAAAACAGGUUAGAAAUUGUAGAGCUAGUGUGUGAACUGUAAAUCAAUCAAUGAUGGAAGUUUGGAAGAGUUAUGUUUAAUUUUCUACCAAGGUCCCAGGCUAGCUCCCUACAGGUAUAAUUCGAAACUGGAGAUUGAAAUAUAUAUUGUAUCACAUCUGAAAAAUUCAUUCCUGAUAUAUUUCAU